UUGAUUUGUUGAAGAACAAACAUAUAUAUAGAUAGUCAAAGAAUCGAACAUCGGCUCCAUGAAUUCAAACAACUGGCUUUCCUUUCCUCUUUCUCCCACUCAUUCUUCCUUACCAGCACAUCUGCAAACAACUCCGUCUCAUCACUUUUCUCUAGGGCUAGUGAAUGAUCAAAUGGAAAAUCCAUUCCAAAGCCAAGAGUGGAAUCUAAUGAAUACCCAUGCCAGUAAUGAAGUUCCAAAGGUUGCUGAUUUUCUAGGCGUGAGCAAAUCUGAAAAUCAAUCAGAUCUUGUAGCCUUCAACGAAAUUCAGGCUAAUGAUUCUGGUUACCUAUUCCAAAACAAUAGUCUAGUGCCAGUGCAAAACCCAGUAAUAGCCACCUCUAGUCAAUAUGAAUUUCAAGAAAAUGCGAAUAGUAUGCAGUCAUUGACAUUAUCCAUGGGUAGUGGUAAAGGAUCGGCUUCAUGCGAAGCCAGUGGUGAUAGUCCUAAUAAUGUUGAAGCCACUCCUAGAAGGUCUUUGGAUACUUUUGGGCAAAGAACAUCAAUAUAUCGUGGUGUAACUAGGCAUAGAUGGACAGGUAGGUAUGAAGCUCAUCUUUGGGAUAAUAGUUGUAGAAGGGAAGGGCAAUCAAGAAAAGGUCGCCAAGUUUAUUUAGGUGGGUAUGACAAAGAAGAGAAGGCAGCUAGGGCCUAUGAUCUUGCUGCACUGAAAUACUGGGGAACAUCCACCACUACCAAUUUUCAAAUCAGUAACUAUGAGAAGGAAUUGGAGGAGAUGAAGCACAUGACAAGACAGGAAUUUGUGGCCUCUAUUAGAAGGAAGAGUAGUGGCUUUUCUAGGGGUGCAUCCAUGUAUCGCGGAGUUACAAGGCACCAUCAACAUGGAAGAUGGCAAGCAAGAAUUGGCAGAGUUGCAGGAAACAAAGAUCUUUAUUUGGGAACUUUCAGUACGGAGGAGGAAGCAGCAGAAGCAUAUGACAUUGCAGCAAUAAAGUUCAGAGGCCUUAAUGCAGUCACCAACUUUGACAUGAAUCGUUAUGACGUUAAGAGCAUUCUCGAAAGCAACACUCUUCCAAUUGGGGGAGGGGCAGCCAAACGACUAAAGGAGGCUCAAGCCAUCGAAUCUUCAAGAAAACGUGAAGAAAUGAUUGCCCUUGGCUCAAGCUUUCAUCAAUAUGGUGGCUCAAGCUCAAGCAGGUUACAAACAUUCCCUCUAAUGCAGCAUCAGCAGCCGCCGCCAUUUGAGCAACCCCAACCUUUGCUAACUUUACAAAACCAGGAGAUUUCUCAGUACACCCAAGACCCUUCAUUCCACCAAAGUUACAUACAAACCCAGCUCCAUUUGCACCAGCAACAUGGUACUAAUUAUAAUCUUCCCCAGCCAGGCCAGAAUAAUUCUCCGUUUUACAACAGUUACCUUCAGAGCCACCCGGCUUUUCUUCAGGGUUUGAUGAACAUGGGAUCAUCUUCGUCAUCUCAUCAUGUGAUGGAGAAUGAUGGCAGUUCUAGUGGAAAUUACAGUACUGGAGGAUAUCUGGGGAAUGGGGUGGUUGCCAUGGCUUCUAAUUCCACGUCAGGCAAUGCAGCGGGAUCUGCGGAUGAACUCGCACUCGUGAAGGUUGACUACGACAUGCCUUCUGGGGGUUAUGGCGGCUGGUCGGAGGACUCGGUUCAGGGAUCGAAUCCCAAUGUUUUCUCAAUGUGGAAUGACUAGGAUGUUUGGAGGAAAAUCUGCCUGUGGACAUGGCCGGAACUAACUUUUAGGCCGUGUAGGAAACCAAAUAUUUUACUGCAUGCAUGCACUGGUUUUUUGUUUUUUUUGCUUGUUUCUUUAUAAUGUUACUGGUAUUGAGUUUCAUUGCAAAACCAA